AUGGUGUCUGUGAAUCUGGGAAUGCUUCAUUAUGUGUUGGACCAUGUUUACGGGGCGUUGUUGCACAGGACCCGGAUAAGCCCACCGUUUUUCUCCAGAGGAUGGGGUGGGACAAAGCUUGAGCUAUUGGAAAGGAUGAUAAAGCAAUGGUUCCCGUAUGUUGAAGGGGAGAAUUGGCCUCCUGUGUUGGUUGAGCCCAUUUGGAAAGUUGUUUGGGAAUCCAAGAAUGCUGUUUUGAAAGAAGGGAUUUUCAAGACUCCUUGUGGGGACGAGCUUCUUGGUGCAUUGCCUACUGAGAGUCACACUGCAAGAGUUGCUUUCCUUGCCCCCAAGUUUGUGCCUCCUCAGAGUUUGGCCUGUGUGGUUCACCUAGCUGGCACGGGGGACCAUACUUUUGAACGAAGACUGCGACUUGGUGGACCGUUGUUGAAGGAAAAUAUAGCAACUAUGGUGCUCGAGAGCCCAUUCUAUGGAAAAAGACGUCCUCUUCUGCAGCGUGGUGCGAAACUCUUGUGUGUUAGUGACUUGCUGGUGUUGGGAAGAGUCACAAUUGAAGAGGCUCGGAGUCUUUUGUAUUGGUUGGACUGUGAAGCAGGGUUUGGAAAGAUGGGCGUAUGUGGACUGAGUAUGGGAGGAGUACAUGCAGCCAUGGUUGGAUCUUUACACCCUACCCCUGUUGCAACUCUCCCAUUUCUCUCUCCACAUUCUGCUGUUGUUGCAUUUUGUGAGGGGGUGCUAAAACAUGCCACUGCAUGGGAUGCCCUGCGAGAGGACCUUGCCGUUGAAAAAGCUGAAAUGACACUCGAAGAAGUGAGACAGAGAAUGAGAAAUGUGCUCUCUCUUACAGAUGUUACCCGGUUUCCAGUUCCCAAAAAUCCAAAUGCGGUUAUAUUUGUUGCAGCAACUGAUGAUGGAUAUAUUCCAAAGCACUCAGUGCUGGAACUUCAAAAGGCUUGGCCUGGCUCAGAAGUGAGGUGGGUUACUGGCGGGCAUGUCUCAUCCAUCCUUCUCCAUGGUGCCUGUGGAUCAAGAGACAUUACAUCUGUUGGCCGGAGUGCAGUUUUUAAGCUCACUAGAGUUUCUUGCUAUGCUGAAGUCUUGGAGGGACUGGAUUCGAUGAGUGAAGAAGACUUGUCUGCGAUGGAUUUGAUACCACUUGAGGGAAAAUAA